AAACGUAGUGUCGAGGAAACCAAAAAGCGAAGAAGUGGUGGAACACCGUAAUCGUCAGUUCGCCCAUACUUCGUCGUCGUGUGUGCGCUUUUGUAAUAACUAACUUUUUUGAAUCGUGUGUCGCGAAAGAGCUCCUGCUUUGCCCUCUAAACGCGCAUAUCGGAAAGAGCUAGUGUACUCGUCGGUUACGACAAGCGCUUCCGGCGUUAGUGGCGCUUCCGGUGCGACGGAACGGGCCCGAUUCGUGGCACGGAAAUCGCGGCGAACCCCGGGGAAAAUUGGAUGUCUAAAAUGGACGCAACGUCGUAGUAGAGCGAGGAGAGGUUUUUCUUCUGAGUGCGAGCGAGAAAGCGUGUUCGAGUCAACGGUGCGGGAUUCGUUGGUGUGAGUGAAAAGCUCUGGUCGGUUGUGCAAACGCCAAAGCCAAAGCAAAGUGCGGGUUUUGUAGCCUGUGUUUGUGGAUGUGUAGAAAGUACACCAGGCAAAGGAGUGAACGAAAAGGCACCAAUAAGCCAACAUCACCGUUGUGAUAGGUUCAGAAGAGUGAAGACAGCAAAAAAAAGAAAAGAAAAAGAAGAUUGCAUGUGAAGAAGAGCCCGGAGAAAGGAAAAUAAGGCAAGAAGUCUGAGGAAGAAAAAAAAGUGAAUAAAAGUGUACAAGUGGAAAUCCGAAAGAGGCAAUGGCUAUUAAUUUGUUAGAUAAGAAAUCUUCCAAAUUUAUGUGAUUUUUAAGCAAGGUAUUUGCGUUUCCGCCGACAAGGCCUACUAAAGUUUUUCCUCCGUAAGGAUAAGUAGCGUUAAUGCGGUGAAAUUAGAGCAACUAAGUUAGUGAGACCAGGAGAACGACGGAGGCAAGCAGGAAAAUCUGCCAGGAUUGGGUUCCAGAAAGUGAGAACGAGAUUAUUAUGGAAAAGGCGAAAGCCUACAUCAAGAACGAAUUGCGUGGGGGCUCCCUGGGAUCGCAUCCGGAGCCCCCGCCAGCCAGUCAACAUCAACAACAUCAAAUCCAGUCUCAACACGAGCAGCACCAGCAACAACAACAACAACAGCAGCAGCAGCAAUCGCAAGCCGAUGAUCCUUCCAAUAUUUGUUAUGUGUGUGGUGCCAGAGGAGCCCUUGAUCAGUUCUAUCUCCGGGUACGGCCCAAUCCGGAACGUCCAAAUGAUCCCUACUUUCCACUGCUCGAAACGCACCUACCACCCAACGGAGUUCCCCAGUGGACACCGGCUCAGGUAGGGGUACGGUCCUGCAAUCUCUGCUUUACCACAUUCGCCCGACAGUGGGAUUACCACGAAAGAGAAGGUAAACCGAUAUCGCAGAGAUUGUACUGGCUCAAGCGAACCGACGGCAAGAACUACAUCGGAGCGGAAAUGUCCACGCAGGGCGAGUAUGCAACCCAAGUACUGGGAUUGAAUCCGGAACAGACACCGGGCAGUGGCCGUUCGCUUACACCCCAGUCGCAACAUAUGAAUUCUUAUGGUAGACUUGAAAGUCCGAAUAGUUUAACACGGCCACGGUCGCAGGACCAUCCUGGUGCUACUGGCGGUGCUCCUCCGCAGCAUUUUCAAGUUGCCAGAAACGAUAGUCCAAUCCGGUCGAGCUCGCGGAACGAAUCUCCACAGGGUAAAACCGAAGUUUAUCAUCCAACUAAGCGAUACAUCGAAAAUCAUAUUAACAAUAGCGGAAGCUAUAGCCAACAGGGAUCGAGGCCUUCCAGUCGAAACGAAAAGAGUGUCACACCGAGGCCUAUGUCCCGGGAGAAUCCAUCCCCGGUGGCAGUUACUUCAUCGGCGCCUUCAGCCACCACACAGCCUGCGACGUCAUCUCCUGCGCUAGCCGGUCGAUUUGAUGGUAUGAAAAUGUCAUCGUUCGCCCAUCACAAGCUGAAAAUUGGCAACUAUGCCAAUUCAUUAGCAGCUACAGUUACCACCGGAGCUACUGCCACACCCGCUACCACAAUUGUAGAUAAUAAGUCAUCUUCAUCGACAUCGUCUUCGUCCCACCGGCUGGAAGAGGAGGGUGCGUUGGACUUGCGAAAUUCUUCACUUGGCCCGGUUCCUGGAACCGGCACGGACAUACUGGACUUAUCGAUGCCGGAUAAAAAUUCAAUGACGGAGGUAUGCUACGUGUGUGGUGACGAACAACGGAGGGGUAGUCUGGUGGAGAUUUCCACCGUAAAACCGAAAGAUGCGAAGGAUCAGGAAAAACCGUACUUCCCUAUUUUCGACGAAACGCAUGCCAGACCCGCCCGUUCUCGACCGAAGGACCCCAAAGGAAUGGUACAGGCGUGUAAAACAUGCUACCAGUAUCUGAUUAACCAGUGGCAAACGUUCAAUGUUCGCUGCGUACCGGAGAAUCAGCGGAAGUAUCAGAUAAGAAAGCGUCAAACCACGCAAGAACGUGCGGCGACCUUCGUCUGUUAUACGUGCGGUUUUGAUACACCUUCGUCACAACUGCGGCUCGUCUACUGCUGUCCAAAUGCCGAACGGGAGCCCUACUUUCCGUUUAUCAAAACAAUGAAAGCACCGGCCAAUGCUAGUCCGAUAAGUCCACAAGGAAUGGUGCAAAUAUGUUCAACGUGCAAUAAGAAGAACGCUCAUCUAGCCGAAGGUGGCACCGUCAGCAAUGUCGAAGAAAGGUAUCCGUCUCCUACGAAAAUGACGUCUAGUGUGAUAAACGAGGUUGUUCGAUUUAAGCCUUAUGAAUCUGCCUCAGCCCUUUCCGGACCGUUACGGGACCAGAAGGACUACCGAAGAGAUUCAAGACCAAAUUCACCGCCUCACCCUCUAGGACCAGUUGAAAACGGUCAAUUUUUUUAUUCAUGUUAUAUUUGUAAGAAAAGUUUUCCUCCCCAGUCGAUGGAAUGGCUGUCGACGAGUGCCGAACAUAUGAAUUCGCAUGCAAUGCAUUUUCCCUGCCUCAAAGGCAGCAACGACCAAGGCCCGGGGCGGGUGUUAUCGUGCAAAUCCUGUGUGCACAAUUUAACCAUCCAGUGGGAGACGAUGGACGCCGACCGGGUGCCACUGGAACACCGCAAGUACAUCAUUCCGUCGCCGACGUCCAACUCGGUAUCGCCUACCGGUUCCGCCGCCGGUCAGCAUCGAACGCCGAUCGCACUGACCACGCCACCGUCCACGCCGGUCGGAUCGAACACGGCCAGCUCCUCCGUUUACUGUUUUGUUUGUGGUCUCCAUUCGGAGUUAAGCUUUGCUAGAUUAUUAUACGCCAAGAGAGAGGGUUCUAGACCUUAUUUUCCUUUUUUAUUGAAGCACAAGUCACACCAAAACGCGGAACAGUUACGUAGUGACAGCUCGGCGUUGGUUUGCACAUUCUGUUAUCACUCGCUGUUGAAUCAAUGGCGGAAAUAUGAAGCUCAAAACACCGUUCUCCCAAACAACCGCGAGUACAAUUUUCAUGAUUACUGUUGUCACCUGUGCGGUAUCACGACGUACCGGAAACGAGUUCGAGCGCUACCCAUACGGGAGUAUCCUUUCGUAGCAAAUCGGAAAAGUGACGGACUGCUGCUGGAAAAUGGCGACUAUGCAGUGGUCUGUCUGGAUUGCUACGAGGGACUAAGGCAACAAUCUGCGGACUACGACCGGUGGAAUGUCGCAAUUGAGAAGCGUGAGUACAACUGGGUAGCGCAACCGCCACCACCGGAGGAUAGUCCGGAUGUUUCUGUCGCCCGCCUGCCGAGCGGGGAACGGACCGAUAAAAUCAACAAAAAUUCUCAACCAGGUCUACGGCCAAUACCAAAUAAAAAGAACUGUUCUCCAAAGCAAAUCGCCAACGACAAACGCGAUUCAUUACCAACUAAACUAUCGCAGAAACGCCCGGUAACCAGUCCAGCUCCACCGGUUCCUUCGCCUCAGCUACAGAUGCACCAUCCGUCUUCCGUGUCACCGCACUCCAAUCACAUCGUUGGUUCGAACCAUCUUCCACCAUCGGGUGGUUCGGUUCCUCCCGGGACCCCGAUCGGUGUUGUCCAGCCCUCGCCUAAUUCGGCAGCACAAGCGGCGGCAUCAUCCGGGGGAGCCAAUAGUGGUAACAGUCGGACUUCUUUCGCAGCAGCACUACGUAGUCUUGCCAAGCAAGCGGAUGUUAAAGACGACGAACCGAACGGUGGUGGUGGUGGAGGAGGAGGAAGUGGUGGCGGCGGCGGUGGAAGUGGUGGUGGUGGCGGCGGUGUCCCUUCGGAUAGAUCCAACUCGGAUGGUAGAGGUAAUCCGGGUAUCAGUUCCAUGGAUCGACGCCAGAUAGAUGUACGCGAUCUAAGCGAUUCGCGAGGCAAUUCUUUGUCCGAAAGUCGAGUACGAAGCGCCGAUAUGGCACGCGGGGGAGACCCGAAGAAACGAUCCUCACCGCAACCACCGGAAAAGAUGCAACGCCUCAAUCCGCCCAGUUCGAAUGCGAUACCAUCGGAAUUGCUGGCACGGAGCGGGUUCCAACCGUACAGACCGGACGAACGACUUACUCAUCCCGCUGGAUCGUUUCCAAUCGAUGCGUACGGUGCUUUUGGAUCCAUUCCCGGAAUGCCACCAGGCAAUCUGUUCAAUCCAGCUACUUUGGGCUAUCCCGAUCCGGCUAUCUACCUUGAUCCCCGUCUCCACAUAUUUCGGCAUAAUCAUAAUGCCGCGGCAGCAGCCGCAGCAGCUGCAGCGGCUCAUCCCAUCUACUCGUCCCUUCCAUAUCCGCCCAAUCUGUAUGCGGGAAUGAUUCCCGGGAUGGGAAUUGGGGCGCACAGCAUGCAUGAACACAUGAAACUAGAGGAAGAACGCCGGGCGAGGAUACGGGAAGAGGAGAGAACUCGUGAGGCACGGGAGGCAAUGGAAAGGGAAAGGGAGAAAGAACUACGGGAACAACGAGAACGAGAACAGCGCGAGAAGGAACAAAGAGAAAAGGAAGAACGAGAACGGAGGGAAAAGGAACAGCGCGAAAAGGAACAACGGGAGCGAGAAAUGCGUGAAAAGGAGGAAAGAGAAAGGCGAGAACGUGAGAGGGAACGGGAACGAGAGCGAGAAAGAUUGAUAGCGUCUCAGCAUAUGAUGCACCAUCCACUGCAAAGGCCAUUUUUCCCGAUGAGUCUUGCGACCGGUUUACCAUCGCCGUUGGGACUACCGAUGCGUCAGGGUCUCCCGUCGCCCCAUCAUCCAUUGCAUCCAUCGCUGGGCUUAGGAAUGGGUCUAGGUCUACCACAAGUGCCACAACCACCGCCAUCGUCUUCGAUGAAUCUAUCGCAUCCUCCGCCGACCAGCCUGGGAGGACAUCCUUCUAUUCCGACCAGUUUGGCGGGUUACAGUCACAGCCACAGUUUACCACCGUCAUCCAUGAGUUCGAGCUAUCACAUGAGCAGUCUGAAUCUGUCUCAUUCCGGUUUGGCUGCUGCACAAAAUCUAACCAUGGGUCACAUUCCUCCACCGGCUCACGGAUCCCUCAACCUAUCGCCAUCCAUCUCGUCGGCACAACAAAUGAACUCAUCGCCGCUUUCCCUCUCGACCAAAUCUCACCAGCAACAAAGUAUAUCAGCGGCUCACUCGCUACCGCCAAUCAGUAGCAGUGCCGGUCUUCCUCCGCACCAUUCUCAUUCGCAUCCCUUCUACUCGUCACCGUCGGUGUCAAUGUCCGCCGUCAAUUCGGGCAGUCCACUCUCGCUAAGCAACAAACUACCACCCGGCAACAAUCAACUCGCCGCCAACAGCCGAACGAAGACAACUACUCCUCCGACCUCUAAUAAUUCAAACGCGUCGGUACCGGUCACAUCAGCAAUAGUUCCUCCCAACACGGCUGCACAAUCCUCCGUCGGGCAACCCUUAUCUGUAAAUAGUACAAACAUCGCUAGUAUUAACAAUAAUCAUCAUCCCCAUCCGCACCAUCACCGUCAGCAGGAUGCACCGCAAACGGCAGCAAUGCCUCCAGUGCCGGUUGCCGCACUCAAGCAGCAAGGAGUCACCGGAUCACCUCCCCAACCCUUGCAACAGCAGCAACAACAACAACAACAACAACCAUUAGAUAGCACCAUUCUAAUUAAAGGCCCACCAGUAGUAACAGCUGCGACAGUAUCGGACCUAAAACCAUCUCCCGUCGAGGAGCGUAGUUCACCUGCCACCGGUAAACCGGAACCGGCGGAGAGUAACGGAUCUUUAUCCGCGGCUACGACGCCAGCACCACAAACCACAGAUGAUACAAAAAGUGGAUCACCAGAAGGGAACAACAACAAGGAGGACAAACGAAGCGAAUCUACUGGUCCGAUCGAGACCAACGAUGGAGAUAGCAAAAAGUCUCCGUUGAAUGGUGGUGGUGGUGCCGGAGGAAGUCCUGCUGCAGGAGUGACAACUACACCGGCCGUUCCACAAAUUGCUUCUUCAGGUAAUAAUACUAAUAACAGUAGCACUAGUAAUAAUAAUAGUACUAAGAAUGAACCGAUGGAAGUAGACGAGAAGAGUGUGACCGCCAGUAAAGGUGCUAAUAGUGUAGCUUCCGGUAUCGAGACUGGCAGUCCGACGACUGGUGGCAAACAACCGAAGCAAACUAGUAGCAAUAGUAAUGGAAGUGCCUCGAACGCAGUCACAGCCACCGCCGGCUUUGGCAAGGAUAGUCGAUGAUUUGUAGUCGAUCCCGACGUAACGUGUUUGUUUCUUGUCUGACGUCCGUUUCCGUUGAGAUUCGCUAUCGUUGUUUUUAGUUCCGUUAUGGACAUCGUUUUUGAAAACACGUUUAAAAUUGUAUGAAAAUGAAAUUUCUCUCGGAUGCGGAUGUAUUGUAAUAUAGACUAGAUUUUUUUUUGGAGGCAUUUUCAAGUCAUUCGUUCGUUGGUACUUGCUUCCGGCAGAGCAUAAUAUAAAGCUUUCUAUGACGGAUAUAGAAAAAAAUGGAAAAUUCGAUAUGAUAAACGACUUGAACACUCGAGCCAACAAAUUCUAAGUGAGAAAAAUAUCGUUUUCUAUAGCUUAAAUGUGUUCGUUCCUUAAUCCCUUUAGCCUUCUAGAGAAUAACAAGGAUUUGCUGACUCGUCCUACUGAGCUAGCUACAAACAAUGGGAACAAAUCCGUGUCGAAAAUGUUGCAUUCAUUGAAGAUAAUUCUUCUAUCUUCUGCUGUAUAAAGAUCGAACGAUUAGUCCUAUCAGAGAAAGAGAGAGAGAGAGUAGUAAAACACAUCUUAAUUAGUGACUAAGAUUACCUAAAACAUUAACGUAUAGAUGAGUGCGAGCUGAAAUUGGUCCGGUUUAGUUUUUAGCUCAAUCGUCUGUUAUUACAGUAAUUGAUAAGGAUAAGUUCACCCUUUUAUGAUGAUUAUCCAAAAAUUGAAGAAAAAAAAUAAAAGAAAAAAAAAAUAAACAUAUGUUUAAAUAAAACUUCUACAGUAAAUGUUAAUGCGGUACAUUUAAUUUUUUAGCUUUGUAACUACACGUUUACUUAUAGUACGUAGGAAAAAAGACUACCAAUCAAAACUAAAAAAAAAGAAGAAGUGGGCGUAGCACAAAACCAAUAAUAGGAAACUAAACGAAAUCGUGGCUUUAGAAGUGAACAGACGAAAGCCUUCACAUCCCAUUCACUUGCUUUCGUAAUCAAAGCAAAACAAUGUAUAAUCCUAAAACAUAAUACUGUAAUAGUUAUAACUAAACUAGUGAAGCACAAGCGAAGAUGGCAGAAGAAGAUAACGCAUCCGAAUAUACUUGCUACCGGCUGAUGAAAGUGAACUAAUUUAUUGGAGGUUCCGAUAGUUAAUAUUUUAUUUUUAUCCGUCUUUUCUUUAAUUAUUAUUUUUUCUGUAAUCGUCUGCUAGUGCCGUUGUUUAUGGAUGAGGAACUUAACGCCACAAGUGAGUGAGUGUAAUUUUUUUUUCUUUAGCUUGAACAUUAUGAAAGCUAUUAUCAAUGUUUUGUCUGAUGAUGAUCCAUGAUAGUCGUUUGCGAAACUAGACUGUGUUGUAAAAUCAAAGUGGAAAUCGGUGACCAAGCAGACAAACAGUGAACCUGGCAAGAAAUCGUCGUUGUACUUGUGUAAUCAACGUGCAUGAGUGUAAGAAACUAUUUGAUAGUAGCUGCUAGUAUUAGGAUACAUUAUGCGCUAAAUUCUAUCGCUAUUAGUUGGUACAGUAAGGAACAUGUAAAAAUGAAUCAAAUGCACAUUUAUAUAAAAAUACAA